AUGAUACCAAGACGGUUUUUGCGACUCCCUGUUAUUGCGUGCUUCUUAGCACUCUGCGGCAUCGUUCUCUACACUAUUCACUCGACAGGGCACAUCGACAAGCUCAACCUAUACCGCUACACGACGGGUAACAAAGCGGUGUAUCGACCGGCAAGUGGAAAGCCCUCCAAGGUGAUUCUGCUGGAAUCCGGAGGAAGUCACGAGGAGGUCACUACCGCAUUUCUGACCUCGCUCGUCGAGACUACCUCCAAGUCUUCUGCGUUCAUCUAUCCCUUCUUCAAGCUGGUGCGAUUUCAGAUGGGUCCUAUCAUGAAGUCGACCAUUGGUAACCACACCAACGUGGCCAAGUACGUGCAUAGCAACAAACUGAAGGAGUACAAGACGCGCGUGGGCCGACCAGAUGUCGUUCUCUCUAUCACCUGUGAGCACGACUCUAAAGAGCACUCUGCAGUGUUCAACGAAUGGCUCGCCCAGGGAGUCUCUCUUGUCUGUGUAGUUCAUCACGCCGACAGAUGGCUCGCCAACAGCGACUACGGUCACUACGAGCGACUGUCUCCUUGGAUCGAAAAGAAUCAAGUCACCUUUGUCACUCUAUCUGAGCACGUCAACCAGAACCUUAAGAACGAAUCUGCUGCUACCUGGAGUCCCGAGCACCAGGAAAAGCUCCGUACGAAGGUCUUUACUCCUGUUUUCAGAGCCCCCACCCGACCCCACAAGUCGCCCAUGCCAGUCCUGGGACUCAAUCUACAAGGAGACUUUGAUUCCAAGCGACGAGACUACAAGUUAUUAUUUAGUCAACUUGCAAAGAUCGUUGACAGCAUGUCUUCAGUCAAAAUGUAUCUUGUUGGUCAUGGCAUCCCACCUGAGGUCCCUGAGCAGAUCAAGUCCAAGGUCGAAUUCAUGACAGACCUGUCUUUCACAGACUUUUAUGGUCACAUGAGCGAGGGUCUUGCCAUUGUCCCUGCCUUUGCAUCCAAUGACUACUACUCCAAGAAAGCCUCUUCUUCUGUCCCUGCUUCCAUUAUCGCAGGGGUUCCUUUGGUGGGAAGCCAGAAACUGCUUGAUGCAUACACUUACCUGUCUGAAAACGAGGUGUGGUUUGCUGAAGAGGGCGAGACUGACAUUGAUGCUAUCCACCGGCUAGUUACCGAGACCCCCAGCCCCGAGGUUCUCGAGCAACAGCUACGUUUCCGUCAACGCAAGCUGCUCGACAAGCGAGAGAGUCUCAUUAGACUUAACGGAAGAAUUAUGGUUGAUCUUCUGCAGCAUGUGUUGAGCACCGACGAGUCAUACUACCGGAUGGAAUGGCAAUGGGAGUGGUAA